AUGUCAAAAGCUCUGUUCGGCGCAUGGCCAUGGAUGGCAAGUCUUCGACAAAAAGUGAAUGAAACUAAUAAUACUGUACACUUCUGUGGAGGUUCAAUAAUUGCUCCUCGAUUUGUAUUGACUGCUGCACAUUGUUUCCAUAAUAUUACAAUACCAACAGAUCCAAAUUAUGUUCGACGAUUUGGUGAAGUUCAUAUUGGUCAACUUGGUUUAACUGAACAAGGCGAACGAAUUGCUGAAUGGUUCAAAGUAAUUAUUCCUGAAAAAUAUCGUCCAUUUAGACCACAUGAUUAUUCUUACGAUAUUGCUUUACUUGUUCUAAAUAAAGAUAUAACUGAUAAACAAUACCCACCUAUAUGUUUACCAUCGAAUACUAUCAUUAGUAAUAUUGGAGAUUAUGGAACUAUUGCUGGAUGGGGAAUUAAUAAUGAAGUUGGUAUGGAAGCAUCGAAAUAUAUGAUGCAAGUAACUGUACCUAUUCUUGAUCCAACAAUUGAUGCAUGUAAUCCAUUACAAUUACCUCGAAAAAAUUAUACUAUGACUAUAUGUGCUGGUGUUUUAAGUGGUGGUAUUGAUGCAUGUCAAGGUAAUUCAGGUGGACCAUUUGCACAAAAAAUACAAAAUCGUUGGUAUAAUAUUGGGUAA